GCUGGAUCCGCGACCGUCUGAGAUCUGGCAAGUGGUGCCUAUCAACAACUGGCCUUUUCUGGCCUUUCUCCCAACGGCCGAGCAAACGACGACGACGCAUGAGAUGAACGCGACCACGUACGUCUUGGCGCACGCGCGCACGACGCAGCUCGCCUACUCGGCGGGCUACGGCAUCACGCUCGGCCUCUCGGUCGCUUGCAUCGCGCACCUUCGCCGGCACCGGUCGUCGGCCUACGCCGGCGACGUCGACGCCACGCGCAAGGUGCUCUUGCCAGCGUUCGAGCCGCUCUUUUGGGUCCUCUGCGGCCUCACGGCGCCGUUUGCGCUCUUCUUGGUCUACCUUCUCUGGCGGUCCGAGGCUGUCGCGCCGCGCUCCCGCGUGCUGCCCGAGGCGCUCCUGCAAGGCCGGCAGUGCAUCGUAUACGUUGUGACCAUCUUCUUGCACCAGACAAACGUGUCGGCGCGCGCGCUAUGGCGCUCGACGUUGCUGAGCCUUGUGCUCGCCGUCAUACCGGUCGUCGUGGCCGCCGUCUUUGCGCAUUUCGAGCCCGUCGAGCUGCCAGCCAUCACGUCGCCGUCGUGCUACUACAGUCUUGUGGUCGUGCGCGUCGGCGUCAUGCUCUACUAUCUCUACCUCCUUCGGUGGCCCAUGUCCCGAGCGAACCCGCGCAUCAUCCGAUUAUUCUGUGCCUACAUCCUCGGCUUCCAUGCGCUCGUCCUCGCCGUCAUGACGCUCGCCUUCCACGAGCAAGUCAAGCCCACCAACCAAACCGUCUUUGUGACAGCCCUGUAUGCAAGUGUGACGCCGAUCUGGAUCUGGCGGCUGCUCAAGGCCGACACGCAGUACUGGCGCGGCCUCGCGAGCGCGACCGAGACGCCCGUGAUGGACGAAGCCGUCUCGACGAAAGGCUUGCAUGACCUCCUCGACCGCCACCGCGACUGCGUCAUCGACUUUGCCCAUCUCAAGCUCGAAGUCAAAAUUGGUGUUUGCGCUACUGCGCAGAUCUACCGUGGCGCUCUCCACGGUCGGUACGCGGUGGCCGUCAAGGUCUACGCGCCGUCCGAGAUCACCGAGGCGACGCUCGCCGUCUUCUCGCACGAGACAGCGCGCUGUGCGAUGUUUGCCCACCCCAAUGUGGUGACAUUCUACGGCAUGUGCAUCUCCCCGCCCAUGGUGUGUCUCGUCACAGAGCUCUGCGAGUGCUCGCUCGAGGCGUACCUCGCCGAGCCGCCACCGACGACGCGCGCCCCGGUGCUCGACCAGCUCGGUCUCAUGCUCGACGCGGCCCGCGCAGUGGCUUACCUCCACAGCUUCUCGCCGCCCUUCUUGCACCGGGACAUACGCCCCUUUAGCUUUCUCCUCGAUGACCAGCACGUACUCAAGCUCACCGACUUUUCGGCGGCGCGGCGUCUCGCGCCCCGGGGCGCGGCCACGCCCAUCGCCCACCCGGGCGACGUGCUCAUGUCGAUGCAGGGCACGGUCGAGUACAUGGCACCAGAGAUCAUUGGCGGCGCAAAGGGCGCGGCGAUCUACUGCGAAGCCGCCGACGUCUACAGCCUCAGCAUGACGCUCUGGGACAUUCUGCACCCGGGCCGCGACAAGUACCCGAACGGGUACGGCAACACGUUUCGCGUCUUUGAAAUGGUCCUCGACGGCCACCGACCGUCGAUGCACCACGAGGUGCAUAUUGCGCUGCAAGAAAUCAUUACGAGUGCGUGGGGCGACGAGCCCCACUUUCGCCCGUCGGCCGCCGCCAUCGUCCGCGACCUCGAGGCGCUGCAAGUGACGCUGCUGUGCUCGGUGGCCGGCGACAUGUACCGGUCGCCACGCUGCGAGCUGCUGCGCUUCCACGGGGCGCCGCGCCCCAAGCUGGCAGUGGGCAUCCCGGGGGACGCACUCGUCGACGGCCUCUGCGAGCUCGAGUACGCGCGCAGUCCCCAGGCCGCACUUCGCAUCGGGCAUAUGCUCAUGGACGCGGGGUACCUCCAUCAUAUCACCCACCACCGCGGUUUUGAAGGCCGGCCCGACGAACUCUACAUGUUUGAGACCGCGGGCUCGCCGCUCGACUGCAUUGGCGAAGACGAGUUGUCGGUGCAGGGCGCCGCGCCCCGCGCCCCCGUGGCGACCACCACCGCGACCUGCGCGUGCCGCAGUUAUGCCCAAGGCUUUGGUGUUCGGCGGUCUCGUCGGCCAUCGACGACACAGCAGCGUCCGACGCCAGCACCACCGCGCCCACGGAAGAGCAAGGUGCCGAUGCUACCGAUGCAAGACAAUGACCGGCUCUCGACUGACAGUAUCGUCCUCGCACUCCUCGACGACGCGUGAAACACUAUGGGACCCCUGUAUGUAAACCCAUUUAUUAACUUACGGAAUGACGAACGACCUGGCCUCGUGUGCAGAUCUAG